AUGGCUGCAAUACCAGCGCGUAACGACCGUCGUAUUAUCUUACACUUGGAUUAUGACUGCUUCUAUGCCUCGGUAUUCGAGGUAGAGCAACCAGCUCUCAAGUCGUUACCUCUAGCAGUCCAACAAAAACAUAUUGUCGUGACUUGUAACUAUGAGGCGCGACGACGUGGUCUGUACAAACUACAGUUGAUCAAAGAUGCCAAGCGAAUCUGCCCCGACGUCGUGAUCGUCCUGGGUGAAGACUUGACCAAAUUCCGCAAUGCAUCCAAGGAUCUCUAUCUAUUUAUCCGUAGCUUCAUUUGGGGUGGACGAGUGGAGAGGCUUGGCUUUGAUGAACUGUCUUUGGAUGUGACAGAGAUGAUCGACUACAACCUGGGACUGCUGAAUCCGAAUACUCUGACAGAUUCCUUCUUCCACUUGGACCAGAAGGAUCCCACAAUUGGAUUCACGUAUGAUGCAACAAAGCUGGUGGGCUCUACCUUUCCACCAACAAUGGAGGCAACCCCGAAUCCCCCAGAAAUCUCAUCUUUGGAGAUGAAGUUGCUGAUCGCUUCCCACUUGAUUGGAUACCUGCGAGGCAGAAUGGAGCACGACAAAGGCUUUACGGCCACCGGUGGAGUGUCUACCUCCAAGUUGCUGGCAAAGUUAGUCGGCAGUGUUCACAAACCCAACAACCAGACUACUUUGCUUCCCCCAUAUGAGACAUCUCCGGGAGUCGCAAGCAAUGUCAUGAACUUUAUUGAUGCGCACGAGAUACAGAAGAUACCAGGCAUCGGAUCUAGACUUGCACAUAAAUUACGAAGCCGAGUCACUGGAUCAGAAAGCAGCGACGAGAAAUUGACGGUGCGAGAUGUGCGACUAUUUCCUGGCAUGGGUCCAGCGCUCUUGGAAAAGACACUGGGUGGACCCGGGGCGCCUAAAGGGAUUGGAAUGCGCGUGUGGAGUAUUUUGCACGGGGUGGAUAAUACAGAAGUGCUCGAAGCGCGCGACUUGCCCACGCAGAUCAGCAUCGAGGACUCGUACGGACGAGGGCGACUAGAUAACAUCGAAAGCGUUCGACGAGAAUUAACGGUUCUCGCAAAGAGCUUGAUCCGGCGCAUGAGAACCGAUUUAGUGGACAAAACGGAAAGUCAUCUAGGUCAACUUCGGUGGCUGGCUCAUCCACGCACCCUUCGACUAUCUACGCGCCCUAGAAAUGCACCGGAGACAGAUGGAGUGCGCACUUACAAUGCCAAUCGCAUUUCACGGUCGGCACCACUCCCUACCUUCAUAUUCCACUUGGAUGAGAAUCUCGAUGCGUUGGCAGAUCGAAUUGUGCGUGAGCAUGUUCUGAGCAUGUUUCGAAAACUACACCCGGAGAAAACAGGGUGGGAUCUGAGCCUGAUGAAUAUCGCAGUGACCAACUUGGUGGAAAGUGCGGGGGACCAGAAGCAGAGCAGCGGGCGCGACAUUGGGAAAAUGUUCCGUCAACAAGAGACGGUACUGAAGGACUGGACGGUGCAGGAGCCCGCCGACCGGGCGGUUAUCAUGCAGCCUAAUGUACCCAACCCGGUCUCUGAAGCCCCUGGUUGCAUCCUGACUGCGUCUCCGGAUGAGAUGGAUGUGUGGGAAGAGGGAGACGAGGAGUCUCUAGGGGAUGUAGAGUGUGCAAUCUGUGGAGCCGCGAUGCCACAUUUUGCUCAGCUAGCACAUCAGAUGUAUCAUGCGGCGGAGGAUUAG